GGUUGUUACACCGACUCCAUCGGGGACCGCGCCCUGGCCGGCACAUACUACUUCGACGAGGAGCUCACAGUACAAAAAUGCGCCACGUUCUGUGCUGACUACACGUUCCUCGGUACCGAGUAUGGUGGAGAGUGCUACUGCGGCGACACGCUUGGGGGUUCGGGCACCGGUGGGCAGGAGGCACUGGAAGCUGAUUGUAGCAUGACGUGCAAGGGCAACUCGGGGCAGAAGUGCGGUGCUGGAUAUAGGGUGAGUGUGUAUGAG